GACUUUCCAUUUUUCGAAAAUUUGCACUUGACUUAAAUAUGGCGGCGAAUUCUGUGCCUAGCAUCGAACAUGUUCUCAACCUCCUUGGUGGCUACCGAAUGUCCUAUGCUAUGUUUGCUGCUCUGAAUCAUGGAAUUUUUGAAAAUCUUGAGAAGAGCGAUGAGGGACGAACGGCUGAACAGACAGCAAAAGAUUUGACCCUCGACGAGACUGCCACUACAGUUUUACUCGACACUUGCACCAGCGUGGACCUUCUUGUGAAGGAAAUACCGAACGGAGAAAUGGUGAAUGCCCGCUAUUCAAACUCGGAACACACCAAACGAUAUCUUCUCGCAAACAGUCCAGAGUCGCUGUAUUCAUUCGCUAUACUUAUGUCGCGACUCGGCACAAAACAUAUCGUAAAUUUCGCGGAACACGUCAUAAAAGAAGGGGCAAAUCAACAGAACACGGAGCAAGUACUUGAGCUGUCGUCAAAAGAACCCUUCGAAAAUUUGUACAAAACUAAGGAUAAAAUGGUCGCGUUUGGAGAAGCGAUGCAUGCUCUUAUGACGGUGUCCUUACCCACCGUACUUGGUCCCUUCGACCUUUCCAGAUUCAACCAUCUUUGUGAUCUUGGAGGUUCUGGUGGAACAUUGUCCUACGCUGCUGUGAAAGCCUACCCAAAGAUGAAGUCGACUGUCUUCGAACUUCAACGAGUCGUCGACAUCGCCGACCAUUUCCGACCAUCUGCCGAAGAGUGUCCUAACCGAGACAAGGUCACAUUUGUGGCGGGAGAUUUCUUCAAGGAUGACCUGCCACCAGCAGAUCUUUACAGUUUGGUUCAAAUACUUCACAGCUGGGACGAGGAGAAAAUCGAUCUCCUGCUGAGUAAAGUUUACGCGAGUCUACCUUCUGGCGGAGGUAUUUUGAUUGGUGCAUUUCUCCCUGAUGACGACAUGCGGGGUUCUUCCUUGGACGUUUCCCACAGUAUGCUAACGCUUUCUAUUUGCCCUGGCGGUCGUGAGAGGUCUGGGAAAGAGCAUGAACAGCUGCUGACCAAACAUGGCUUCGUUGAAAUUCAAUGUCGACAAAGUGGGAUCCCAUAUCUUGCCGGUGCGGUGUUUGCAACGAAGCCAUGAACCUCGUUUUCGGCGACGAACUUAACGGGGAAUCUCAUGUCAUGCAGGAUAUCUAACAUCCAUUAUUCAAUAACAUUUAAUGCUAGGUGAAAUAGGGAAUGGCCGAGUAAAUCGUACCUAAACAUUUAUUGUUCAUUAUAACUUUUAUCGUUUUGUUAUCAGAAUUCAUAAUAACUUUUAUCGUUUAGUUAUCAGAAUUCAUAAAAACUUUUACCGUUUAGUUAUCAGAAUUUUUGUUCCUGGUUUAGUUCCAGAUU